AUGGGUAACGACCAAUUUGUUUGGCCUCAUGUCUACACCACUCGCCUGAAGCGAGCUGACCUAUGGCAGAGAAAAAACAACACUCAGAGAGCUGCUGGAUGGUUAGAGGAAGAAACAAUAGAGCAAUGUGACAGCCCACAAGAUAAACAGGAUAAUGACACACGAGAGGACAUUAUAAUUGACUUUGAUGAAUGUCAGAGUCCAAGAAGUGUUGAUAGUGAACUAAAUAUUGAAGAGGUAGAAGAAAGAAGACCAAAAUAUGAUGGUUACGCUUCAUAUAUGAAGAUAAAUGAGCAACCACAUAAUGAUCAGGAGAGAGAAAUAUCCAGCAGCAGCUGCCAUCUACCUCUUGAGGUGUGGAGGGAAAGGGGUACUGGUACGCCUGACACAGUCAGUAGUAAGAGGAUGAUACAAACUGAGAGGAAAACUAUCCUUUAUGGACAGACUCCAGCUGCUAUGUGCCAGAAUGCCGGUGCGAGAGAAUUUGCAGAACUUGUAUUGGCAGGCGAUACACAGGAACAUUUGCAGCUUCUUAGACAGUACCACACUCCAUGCCUGCCUCAACUCUCACAGUUAUUUGACGAGCUGGAUGUCUGUGCUUUGUCAGUGAACCCCUUAAAACAAAAAAUCAGUCGCAGGAUCUCCUUGGAUGAUAGUACAGAAAUUGCAAAUAGAGCAAAUACUGCCUCUGGAAGAAACAUUGGGAGAGCCAAGCAAAAUAAAUCUAACAAGCAAAUACCAGUUGCAAGUACUAGUAGAGAAAAUAGAACAUUAAAAAAAACAAGUGUUGUGCAAACUGUGGAUAUGACCAACUGCAAAAGAGUCAACUGUGUUCAAGAGACAAGGAAGAAGGGAUUUGAUACAGCUUCAAGAGAGGUGAUAAAAAGUGCCAUAACUGUCAUACCCGAGACAGAGAGUGAUACAAGUUCAAACAGUGAAAGUGAUUCUGAGCUAAGUGUUAGUGAUUUCAUUCCACCCUCACCAUCAUCGAAUGAAAAUCAACUGGCACUUGUGAACACAGUAAAGCUUCCAGUUUAUACUAAAAUUCAUAUUAAUACUAACUCGUGUUCUCUGUUAUUAUCUGCUCCUUCAGCUUCAAACUCCCCAGAGAGAUCAACCCUAAAUGAUGUAAAUUCAGUGGAAAGACAACAGAAUCGUGCCUUUGAAAAUCUUGCUCAACAAACUAAUACAGUGUGCAACAGCGAUUACAAUAAAGUGUUGGAUGAAAUAUUAUUUGAAGAUGAAUCAUUAACUCAACAACUCAAGACAAAUAAAUUUCUUGAGGAACAAAUUGUGGGAAGCAAUUUGAAAUACUGUAAUCCCCUGGAAAAAAUGAAUAAAGAUUUUAAUUUCCUUUCAGGGAAAGCAGAUUUGUGUAAAAACAAUGUUGGAAUUACUAAAAAGAAUUCAAGACAUUACAACACAGUGUUGGAUACUCUCAUGUUUGGGGAUUGCUCUUCUCCUUCAGCUUCACAGCCAGAGCAAAAUGGUGAGACCUCAAUCAGUAUUAGUCAGACACCACCAUCCAUUACAAUAUCUCAAGAUAAUUCUUCAAAUAAAUUCAGUGACCACUCAACUCGCAUAAUUGAUGAAUUAUUUGGUUCACUCCCAGAGAAACUCGAUGAAGAACAUAAUGGGAAGGUUGAAGAAAGGCCUGGUGCAGUUGAGGUUCAGAGAAGGCAGAGGCCUUCUACAUUAUCUACAGUGUUGAAUGGAUCUCCUUGGGCAAGUCUUGGAACGUAAUAUAAUUUAUACAGAUAAACACUUGAAAUGAUACUAUGAAAACAUUAAUUUUAGUUCUGAAGAGACUAUUGCAUAUGAUAAAAUUUAAAAUUCAUGCAAGGACACAGUAAUCAUUUUACUGUGUCCUUGCUUAUACAGUGGACCCCCGCAUAACGAUCACCCCUGAAUGCGACCAAUUAUGCAAGUGUAUUUAUGUAAGUGCAUUUGUACGUGUAUGUUUGGGGGUCUGAAAUGGACUAAUCUACUUCACAAUAUUCCUUAUGGGAACAAAUUCGGUCAAUACUGGCACCUGAACAUGCUUCUGGAGUGAAAAAAUAUCGUUAACAGGGGGUCCACUGUAUAUGGCUACAGAAUUGAGUCCUAACUCCUAGUUCUACCACUGAACUUCCUCCUUGCCAGAUUUUCUAUUCUCAAAGGUUUUAUAGUACCUGCUCAUAAAUCUAUGUAUAGAGGCUGCCUCCACCACCGAAUUGAAACCAUUCCACUUCCCAACUUCCCUGAGACUGAAGAAAUACUUCCUGACAUCCCUGUGGUUCUUGUGUGUGUAUACUCACCAGUUUAUAUUUUUAGGGGUCAGUACGUAGUUCCUGGCCCCACCUCCAAGACCUUCAUUGGCAUUAUUAACCCUUUCAGGGUUUUGGUCGUACUAGUGCGGCUUACGCACCAGGGUUUCUGACGUACUAGUAUGCCUAAAUUCUAGCGCCCUCAAAUCUAAUGAGAGAAAGCUGGUAGGCCUACAUAUGAAAGAAUGGGUCUAUGUGGUCAGUGCGUGGUAUAAAAAAAAUCCUGCAGCACACAGAGCGUAAUGAGAAAAAAAAACUUUGACCAUGUUUUUGGAUUAAAACAGCAACUUUGCACUGUAUUUUCACAUGGUAUUUAUUGAUGUAUUCUAGUUUUCCUGGUCUCAUUUUAUAGAAUGGAAGACAUUUUACAGAAAUUGAGAUGAUUUUGACUGGUUUUACAAUGAAAAGUACCUUGAAAUUGAGCUCAAAGUAGCAGAAAUGUUCGAUUUUUACCAAAGUUCAAAAGCAAACAA